CUGAACUUCAGGUAGACGAUAACACAAGCAGCAGAAUGACUUCAUCAGCAGAGAUGGCUGAACUUCAGGUAGACGAUAACACAAGCAGCAGAAUGACUUCAUCAGCAGAGGAAGAGACCUGCAAAAACCCAGAUAGGCUUUAUGAUGAUGGGGAGAAGAGUAUCAUCAGAGAACAGCUGGAUCAACAUCAGUCUACAGCCAUGAUAGGAAAACCACACACCUGUGACCAGUGUGAGAAGAGUUUCUGGGGUUCAGGGAAUUUGAAGAUCCACAAACGUACCCACACUGGAGAAAAACCUUUCACCUGUGACCAGUGUGAGAAGAGCUUUAGCCAGUCAGGCUAUUUGAAGGUUCACCAGAGAACCCACACUGGAGAAAAACCUUUCACCUGUGACCAGUGUGAGAAGAGUUUCUGGAGUUCAGGGAAUUUGAAGGCCCAUCAGGGAACCCACACUGGAGAAAAACCUUUCACCUGUGACCAGUGUAAGAAGAGCUUUAGCCAUUCAGGCUCUUUGAAGAUUCACCAGAGAACCCACACUGGAGAAAAACCUUUCACCUGUGACCAGUGUGAGAAGAGCUUUAGUAUCUCAAGCAAUUUUAAGGUCCACCAGCAAACCCACACUGGAGAAAAACCUUUCACCUGUGACCAGUGUGAGAAGAGUUUCUGGAGUUCAGGGACUUUGAAGGCCCACCAGCGAACCCACACCGGAGAAAAACCUUUCACCUGUGACCAGUGUGAGAAGAGCUUUAGCCGGUCAGCCGAUUUGAAGUCUCACCUGCGAACCCACACUACAGAAAAGCCUUUCACCUGUGACCAGUGUGAGAAGAGCUUUAGCCAGUCAGGCUAUUUGAAGGUCCACCAGCGAACCCACACUGGAGAAAAGCCUUUCACCUGUGACCAGUGUGAGAAGAGCUUUAGCCGGUCAGGCGAUUUGAAGGUCCACCAGCGAACCCACACUGGAGAAAAGCCUUUCACCUGUGACCAGUGUGAGAAGAGUUUCUGGAGUUUUAGGCGUUUGAAGGUCCACCAUCGAACCCACACUGGAGAAAAACCUUUCACCUGUGACCAGUGUGAGAAGACCUUUAGCCGGUCAGGCUAUUUGAGGAUCCACCAGCGAACCCACACUGGAGAAAAGCCUUUCACCUGUGACCAGUGUGAGAAGAGUUUCUGGAGUUCAGGGACUUUGAAGGUCCACCAGCGAACCCACACUGGAGAAAAACCCUUCACCUGUGACCAGUGUGAGAAGAGCUUUAACAAGUCAGGCAUUUUGAAGAUUCACAAACGUACCCACAUUGAAGAGAAACCCUACUCCUGUAACCAGUGUGAGAAGAGCUUUAGGCAGUCAGGCCAUUUUAAGGCCCACCAGCAAACCCACACUGGAGAAAAGCCUUUCACCUGUGACCAGUGUGAGAAGAGCUUUAGCCGGUCAGGCGAUUUGAAGGUCCACCAGCGAACCCACACUGGAGAAAAACCUUUCACCUGUGACCAGUGUGAGAAGGGUUUCACGGACUCACGCUCAUUGAAGCGCCACCAGCGAAUCCACUCCUUUGACCAGUGGGAUAAAGAGUUCAGUGACUCAUACAGUGUGAAGCUCCACCAGCCUUCCCACACUGGAGAAAAACCUGACGUCUGUGACCAGAGUGAGAAGAGCUUUAGCCAGUCAGGUGAUUUGAGGAUCCAUCAGCGAACCCACACUGGAGAAAAGCCUUUCACCUGUGACCAGUGUGAGAAGAGCUUUAGUCAGUCAGGCCAUUUAAGGGUCCACCAGAGAAUCCACACCGGAGAGAAACCCUACUCCUGUGACCAGUGUGAGAAUAGUUUUAGCAGGUCAGACUCAUUGAAGGUCCACCAGCGAACCCACAAUGGAGAAAAUCCUUUCACCUGUGACCCGUGUGGGAAGAGCUUUAGCCGGUCAGGCUGUUUGAAGCGCCACCAGCGAACCCACACUGGAGAAAAACCUUUCACCUGUUACAAGUGUGAGAAAAGUUUCAAGGACUCACGCUCACUGAAGCGCCACCAGCGAAUCCACUCCUUUGACCAGUGGAAGAAAGAGUUCAGUGACUCAUACAGUGUGAAGCUCCACCAGCCUACCCACACUGGAGAAAAACCUGACGUCUGUGCUCCCUGUGAGAAGAGUUUCAGAGAACCAGACCACAUGGGAGAACACCUUCACUAGUGCACUGAGACUGUUCAGAAAGAGUGAGCUGGACUGUUUGACACAACUCGCUGUUAAAGGAUGUUGUGUGUAUUUUAAAAGUUGUUCAAAUGUUCUCAAUAAUAUUCAAAUGUAUGCAA